CGACGGUGCGACAUGGGGGGGCGCGGAGACGCCGGAAGUAGCGGUGGUACGGGUCCCACCGAGGGGUACUCACCGCCGGCGUCCUCCACCCGCGCGGCGGCGAGAGCCAAGGCCCGAGGGGGUGGGCGUGGCGGUCUCCGGCAAACAACUCCGUCUGUCCGCUCUCCGCGCGGGGCGGCGCCGCGUCGCUCCCCUCCACCAGCUGCCAUGAGCGAGCGCCUCCGCCCCAGGAAAAGAAGAAGGAAUGGCAGUGAAGAAGACAACCAUCUUCCCCCGCAGACCAAAAGGAGCAGUAGAAACCCUGUCCUUCAGGAUUCCUGGGAUACAGAGAUAGUACCUGUAAAGAAAAACAGUAAAGAAAACAGACUAAGAGGAAACAAAGCAUUCUGCGUGUCUUCGAGCAGCGACAGUGGCGGGAGCAGCAGCAGCAGCAGCAUCAACAGCCCCGACAGGGCCAGUGGGCCAGAGAGCAGCCUAAGCCAACUCAUGCCGGGAUCCAGCCCCAACACCCCUCAGCCGGUGUCUGAGCAGUCUGCACUGUGCCAAGGUCCUUACUUCCACAUCAACCAGACCCUGAGGGAGGCCCAUUUUCACAGUCUACAGCACCGGGGACGGCCUCCGACAUGAUAGGCCAGCAGUUUCUUGCCUUCUGUGAAGGGACAGUGCUGUGCAGAUUUGAUAUUUCAACUUAAAAAUUUGUUUUAAAAAAUUGCACACA